AUGAGCAACGCAAACAAUCGUCUGAGACUUCUAGAAGAGCGAUAUGCGACGGAUGUGAGCACACCGUUCCCGAAACAAGUAAACUCUGUAAUGAAGGCCCUUGCAGAUGAAACAAGUCGAGAAUUUAGCAACGGCUUUAUGAUGAUCAGUGAAUCGCAAGCAAUGUUGCUACAUCAGCUUGUUUCUAUUCUUCGUCCUAAAAAGGUGCUUGAGAUUGGUACAUUCACGGGUUACUCGGCCAUAGCCAUGGCAUCAGCACUGGGACCCAACGCUAGCUUGACUACUCUUGAGUUAGAUCCUUGUCAUUUGGCUGUUGCACGUCGUUUUGUUAAAGAAGCCCGAUUGGAUAAGACAGUUGAAUUCAAACAAGGCCCAGCUCUAGAAAGUAUACUUGAGCUUGUGCGACAGACGCCAAGACCACAGUUUGAUGUCAUAUUUCUUGAUGCUGACAAGGGUGGCUACAUCAAAUACUUUAAUCAUAUCAUGGAAAGCAAUCUGCUAUCCGAUAAUGGCGUAAUCAUUGCAGAUAAUGUCUUAUUCUUCGGACAAGUACACCAACACGCAGGUUAUGAUGAUCCCGAAACCAUUCCAGUAUCAAAAAAUGUCAAGAAGUUAGCAAAAAAGGCGUAUGAUUUUAACAAAUACGUAAGGGAAGACGAUAGAGUUGAAGUGGUUCUUCUACCUAUCUUUGAUGGCAUUACUAUCAUUCGGAAAGCACGUUCAAAAACAGUAAAUAGUUUAGAGUGA